AGUUAUCCGCUCAGAGAGUUUUUCUUCGUUGGGAUGGUCGUUCUUGUCAAUGCUCUUCCCAUAUCUUCAUUGUUUCCCUUCCUCUAUUUUAUGGUUAGAGAUUUUAACAUAGCAAGCAGAUACGAAGAUAUAGCAAUGUAUGCUGGUAUCCUCGGAUCAUCAUUCAUGGUGGGACGCUUUCUGUUUUCAGUGGUAUGGGGAGUUGCCGCAGAUAGAUAUGGCCGCAAGCCUGUUAUUAUCAUUGGUGCCAUCUCUAUAAUCGUAUUGAAUACCUUGUUCGGGUUAAGUGUAAACUACUGGAUGGCCAUUUCAACAAGAUUUUUGCUUGGGUCAUUUAAUGGACUGAUUGGUACAAUAAAAGCAUAUGCAAUCGAAGUAUCGAGAGAGGAACAUCACGCUGCAGGGUUGUCAAUUGUGACAACCACAUGGGGAAUUGGUUUGAUUAUCGGUCCAGCAAUCGGAGGUUUUUUGGCCCAGCCCGCACAAAAAUAUCCAUACAAUUUCUCACCAAACUCUCUUUGGGGAAGAUUUCCAUACCUUUUGCCAUGUAUUGUUAUAUCAGUAUUUGCAGUUCCAGUUCUCAUGCUAUCAUUUUUACUUCCGGAAACAUUACAUAAACACCCUCAUGGGAAAGAGGAAAAUUGUGAUCUCGACAAAGCUAGCAUCGACAUUGAGAAGGAAGAGCCACAAAAUGAGAAGGCAUGUAUGAAAGAAAAGAAGAAAGGAAACAUGACAACUUUGAAGUCAAUUAUAAACAAUUGGACGGUGAUGUCAACAAUCAUAAUAAACUGCAUUUAUUCUCUUCAUGACAUUGCAUAUUCAGAGAUAUUUUCUCUUUGGGCCGUGAGCCCAACAAGUCAAGGAGGAUUAGGUUUUACUACAAGUCAAGUUGGUGCAAUCCUUGCAACGUCUGGCUUUGGAUUAUUAAUAUUCCAACUUACGGCAUUCUCACCAUUGGCUAAGCUCUUUGGACCUAUCCAUGUAACUCGUACAUCAGCAAUAAUAUCUAUACCACUACUGACAAUGUACCCAUUUAUAGCCCUGCUAAGAGAUCAAUCAUUAUGGAUUAUCAUUAAUUUUGCAUCAUUACUGAAAAAUAUCUUAUCUGUGAUGACUAUUACAGGAACUUUCCUCCUCCUAAACAAUGCUGCGGAACAAGAUCAAAGAGCAGCAGCAAAUGGGCUUCAAAUGAGUGGAAUGUCCCUUUUCAAAGCAAUAGGACCAGCAUCAGCAGGCAUUCUUUUUUCAUGGGGACAAAGAAGUCAAAAUACAGAUUUCCUUCCAGGUACACAUUUGAGGUCUCACUAUUAUAGUGGAAUUUUGAAUAAUGAAUUAUACAACCAUCUUCUAUGGUAUGGUCUCAACUAAUCUAAGUUAUU